AUGUCUUCCGGUAGCGAUUCCGGCGACGAAGUCAUAAAUCGAGUGGUGCAACGCGUGCUUGCAAGGGCGGCACGAAGUCGUGAAGAAGUGAACCAGGAGGCGGUUCCAAGGCCAAUCCGGCGCCGUCAAUCAGACGACCGUGAUCACACUAAGGCUCACAACAGCUUGUACGCGGAUUACUUUGUCGAGGACCCAAGAUGGGGCCCGACGGUUUUCCGUCGGCGUUUCCAAAUGCGAAAAGAGUUAUUCUUGCGCAUCGUUAACGGGUUGUCAGUGCGUUACCCAGACUUCCAGCAGCGUUGGGACACUACCAACAAACCUGGACUGUCACCACUGCAGAAGUGCACAACUGCAAUUAGGCAGUUGGCAUACGGAGGAAUAGGAUGUGUCGACAUGUUCGACGAAUAUCUUCACGUCGCCGGCAUUACUGGUCGCGAUUGUAUGACGAAGUUUUGUAAAGGUGUGAUUCAAACUUUCGGUCCCACCUAUCUGCGGAAGCCGACUGCACAAGAUUGCCAGUUCCUGCUCAAUUUGCACGGGAGGGUGAACGGCUUCCCGGAUAUGCUGGGAAGCGUAGAUUGUAUGCAUUGGCUUGGAAGGACUGUCCGACCGCUUGGAGAGGCCAAUUUACGACCGGGUUCAAGGGCACAUAGCCAACCAUCAUUCUGGAAGCUGUUGCCGACCAGCGGCUAUGGAUUCGCAUGCGUACUUGUGGCCGGUCGAAUAACGACCUAA